AUGAAAAACUAAGUAGCAAAGAGCGUCUCUCAUUCUACCAUUCCAAAACCAGGAAAAUCCUAAACUCAUAAAACUCCUGAAAAGCAUGGAAUCCCUAGAAACGUUAAUUAUUAUAGCCAUUUUUUAGCAGAACCAUACAUCACAGAAAAAGAUAUUGAGUUUGUGCUUCAGUUAAGAAACAUGGAUAAUGCAGAAAUGACAUCAAAGUUAGCUCGGAUUCCUAAUCAAGUUUUUUCAAGAGGAGAUCAAAAAAUUGAGUCUUAAAAAGAAAGACAUCUUUCCAGAGAUGUCAAUUACACAGGAAAUUCUUCUUCGAUUUUACAUUUGGUGAAGGGUAGAAUAGGACCUACUCCCCACAUAAGUCAAGCAGAAUUUGAAACUGGUCUUAGGUCCUAUGCUAAAACUGAUAAAAGUCUUGUUGAAAAAGAACGCAAUUGGACUACUGUGCCGAAAACCAAAAGGAAAGAUUUUUUUCCUGAAUUUUUGCCUAAUUAUAAGGAAGAAGUAUAAAAAAGGAAGUCUCUUAGCAUUAGUGGAAAUAAAUUAUCUAAACUAACAUAUAGUGGUAAUUGUUAAUCAUAUAAAAUAAAAGCUUUUGAUCCAGAUACUCAUUACCCUUAAUAUUCAAUGAAAUUUAAUGAGAAAAAUAUUUAGCACGUAAGACAUAUGUUUGUGCCAGGUACUAAAAUGUCCACAAUAUAAUGGCAAGAAGGUUUAAGACCUUUAGUACAGAUAAAAAGAUAGAAAAAGGACAAAAAAUGA